AGCUAAAAUGCAUAAUCUUCUGCUCUGUAUUUUUCUUAUGUUCAACAUCUUCAAUAACAUUCUUGUUCUUGCUGAUCCACCAUACUGGAAUUGCCCUGAUGCUAACAGCAGCAACAACAGUACAUCAGAAAGUUUUUUCCAGCAGAAUGUUGACAGUCUUCUAUUUUCAAUCUCUUCAAAUGCUUCUGUCUCUAAAUUCUACAACACAUCUUCCGGAAAUGGUAGUGUUACAUCAUAUGGGCUUUACCUUUGCUACGAUUAUGUCACACUCGAGACCUGCAGGACAAGCAUGAUCAUGGCAACACAAGCAAUGCGUAGACUUUGUCCGAAUUCAUCUGAUGCAACAGUUUGGGGUGAGCAAAGUCUGCUUCAUGUAUCGAAUCAAAGAUUCUUCGGCCAUUUAGAUAUGACAGGAAAUAUCAACAAGUAUAACAAAAAAUAUGUAUCAGAACCAGAGAAGUUUAGAACAGUUGUAAACACCAGUUUACAUGAACUUGCUCUGAAGGCUGCUUAUAAUAAUACUUCCUUGGAUCAUAUGUACGCAACUCAGUCGACGCCUUUUUCAGGUGCACAGCAUGUAUAUAGUCUUGUGCAAUGUACUCUAGACCUGUCUCCAAUCGAUUGUCAACGAUGUUUGCACAAGGGUAUUGUAGAUGUUCUUGGUUCAGAAAACUAUAAAUUUCGAGGUGGAAGACUUCUUAGUAAAAGUUGUUAUCUAAGGUAUGAGUUCUACGCUUUCUAUGAAGGGGAAACGUCAGAAGAUCCUGCAAUUCAGGGCAAGUGUUCUGAAUUUGUGUUCAGUUAUACUUUGUUAAGUCAAGUAGCUCAAUUUGUUUUUAACUUUGAGAGAUUUUUUUGUUGCUAA